CACGGCUUCCCUUUUCUCAUGAUGGCUUGCCGAGUGAGAGCGCUUGCCAUGCGUUUUAGACGACUAUAGCUACUGGAUUGGUGAGCCCAGUCUAUGGCUAAGUAUGACUUGCUGAUACAUCUACUCAUAUCUUCAUCCGCGGCCACCAUUAAGCGUUUAAUCAGACCAGGUGAUUUUCACAAGGUCAUGUAUGCGCUAUUCGGUCCUCGCUCAAUCACAAUGUCUCAAACGUUUCCUAGAAAGUCCUGGCCCUCUCCAACUCCGCAGCUAUCAACCGUCCCUCACCUUAUCAUAGCCUCAGCAUACCACGCGUCACCUCGAGUCUAACGACGCUUAUUAGCGUAUACCAGCAAUCGGACUUCACCUUCACAUGAUGGCUCAUAUAAGCCAAAUCUCAACUCCCUCACUUCUUCU